UACAUUUAAAUAUCUUCUAGUAUUUUUACGAAACCUUCUUUUGUUUAUUUCUAUCCCUUUCCUCCGUGGAAGCUAAUCGGCAACGAAGUCUCUCCACGGAGAACGGACGGAAACCAAGCAGAUAUUUCCGGGAACGUGUCGAGAUAAAUCCUAAAAGUGAGCCGAUAUCGCUCAACCUUAUCCUCUUUUUUAUCCUCGAUUUGACCGACCUUUUCUCCUUUUUCCUUUUUUUUUUUUUUUGCAUAAUAAAGCUUUUGUUUACUCUUUUGUCAUCACAAUAUAUAUAUAUUACAAACGACGGAAUCGCGUUCAACUUCAUUUCAAAAUGCCACCAUAUCAAUCAAUUCCGUCCGCCUCCCCUCUUCGUCUUCUCCCACCAGCGUUUUAGUCCUCUGUUUAGGGUUUCUUCUUAGAAUCUGGACAUGACGGGAGGCGACCAGCCAUCGCGGCUUCUCUACGAGCUCUGCGCUCUCCUCCUCGAGGUCCUCCGCACCCCUCACCUCGCGCCCCCGCCUGCCGACGCACCCUCGCGGCCACCGGUUGAUGCGGCGACGGCGAGGAGGCGGGUGCCGACACGGAUGUCGCCGGCACGGUUCGCCUCUCUCCUCCUCGGGGCGUCGCUGGCGUUGAUGCUCUGCGGGUUCGUCACGUUCCUGAUCGGGUUCAUACUGAUGCCCUGGGUAGUUGGGCUCGUGAUCCUGUUCUACUUCGUGGGGAUCGUCUCGAAUCUGCCCGGGUUGGGAAGGGCCAUCCUUAGCCCCGGUAGUGGCCCCUCAAGCCCCAAGGAAAUGCCAGAUCAUGGAGACGGUAACUAUGUACCUUGGAGGAUCGCCUUGAUUCUUCCUUGAUGUCAGUUCGAUGGGUGCUUGAAUCUUGUUUUCAUUCUUUUUCCCAUACCAUGUACCUGUUAGUGUUCCAUGGCUGUUCGAGGACCUCUUUGUUGCUGCAGAGUUUGCACAUAAAAUUAGUUACAAGCAUCUUGGAUUGGCUGAUGCUCCUGUGGGUUGGGUGUUUCUAUAUGAGAGGCUACAACAAGGGCAGCCAUCGCUUAAUCUUUAUAUGAUACAGAAGUACAUGGUAGAUAGAACUCACCAUUUAUGGCUUCACACACUUUGUGGUAUCAGACCACCAUUCAUGGCUUUCCAUGGAGGUAAUCCUGCUGUUGUUUAUCUCAGUAACUAGAACUGAGACUAAUUCAUCCAUCACUGGGCUGAGCUCUAUGAACAAUGCAAUUGGUCUAUUAUUUAGUUUUUGAUGAGUUCUGUCACAAUCAUAUUAGUUACCGGUAAGCUAAAGUUUCUGAUGGAUUUGUUUCUUCAAGUGAUGUAUUAUGUUAUACUUGUUUUAGACAAAAUCACACACAUAUAUAUUCUUCUAAUUUUAAUUUUUGCAUAGAUAUAUUUUGAUGAAACUCAAAAGCUUGCUGAUAUGUUCCCAUAGUUAGUUAAUACUUGUAAACGUACAGUAGCAUUGAUUUCAUACACUACUGAGUUUUUUGAGUCAAAAGGCAAAAAAAAAAAAAAAACCAUAGAUAUCGUUCUUUUUAUUGUAAAAUGCUUUCAUGUUGAAAAAUGUAUAACAUAGUGUGACAAGUGCUUAAUUAUCAUAUAUCUUAUAAUGAGUUUUGUUGUGACACAGGCUGUUUGGACGAGUAAAUAUCGAUUGGCACCCAAUGCUCCGAAAAAGGUUAUACUUUUUUUUGUGAAUAAUAUAAUUGGUUGGAAAAUUUCGAGUUAUUGAGUGAAAAUAGUAAUUUUCGAUUUCAAUUA